GUAUGUUUUAAAUGUAAACAACAUGAGAAAUAGGCCACUUCUGGUUGCAUUAAUUCUAGAAGCGUUUAUUUAAUGUCGGCAUUGUUUGUAUAACUUCUAAUACAUAGAAGAAAUGGCAAUUCAUUUAAGGGCUUAUAUUAUACGUUUCAUUUUGUUUGUAUAUGCACUAAAAGCUGUGCAUUGUAUUGUUGAUGGUGAUAUACACGAUAAAUCGCCAUCGGAUCGCAUAGAUGAUCUGUUUACUGAAAUAAGGACGUUUCAAAACACAGUUGAAACAAAGCUGAAAGAACUUAGUGACAAGGGCUGCCAGCAAUGCCUUAUAAGAUUACUCGACCCUAACAUAGAAGAAAACACAAAUUUGACGGAUUAUCCGAAGGAAAUAAGAGACGAAAACGCGACUGUAAAUGAAGAUAAUGGAACACAUAUGGAUGUAUAUUCGCAAGAUAUCUUCCAACGUUUGCAUCGUCUUUAUGAUAUAGAACAGUCUGUCUUAGAGAAAGUUGACGCUACACUUGCAUCUCAAAGACUGAUUGAUAUAAAAGGGGUAAAAGGGGAGCCGGGAUCUGAAGGAUUCCCUGGAAAACCAGGACCAGGUGGAUAUGAUGGAUUUCCAGGACCACCAGGUUUUCCUGGAGUAGAAGGAGAUCAAGGAAACCCCGGCAUGCCUGGUCCUCGUGGUCCAAAAGGAGAACGUGGAGAUCCCAAACUCAGUCUCCUUGAAUUCAAAUGGAAAAAGUAAAACUUCACUUUACCCCCGAGCCUCCAACAGAAAAAUAUAUGUAUAUGGCUUAAGGUUUGGAUGAAUUUGGAAUAUCUUCAUGACUGAUUGAUUAUAUCAUAUUUGGAGUAACUGGAGUCAGUGACUUAGUGAAACAUGCUUCUAGAAAUGAUCCAUUGCUUUAAUCAAAUUUUAUCAUUUCUAUAAUAUGUUGCCUUUGUAUUGUAGUUGCUACACUAUUCGUUAUUGUAGGUUGGUAAUAGAAAAUGUUGGUGCAUCAAUUAUUGUAUCGUCCAUAGCAAUAAAGCCAAAUUUACAGAAAAUCUUUCUUAAUCCACAAGAAGAGAAUUAACGCUCGUAAUUAACGUUUUGCAAUUAAACAAUCAUUAAUCAAUGCUUUAACUUCUUGCAUGGUAACUUACAACAACAAACAUUCGGUACAAGUUGCGUAACAAAGCUACACAUGAAGUGUUUUAAAAACACAAUAUUAAAAGUGUUUAUGUGUCAUUAGAUCGAUUUUAUCUAAAAAUAUUUUUUUUCUGCCGAAAAACAUGCAAUACUUUUUGUGCCAAGCUUUGAACCUGCCUUACCUUAAAGGGUAAAAAGCUAUAUCUUAUUACUUUUUUUAUAAAAUUUAUCAAUAGCAGUAUAUUGGUUUCAUAGACCUUCGACUUUCGUUAGGGUUAUAAUAUAAAAUGCUUCUGUUAUGAUAUUCUACGUAUACAGAAUAAAAUGUUCCGGAAAAAAAUAUUAUUUUGGUACGCAAUAUUUAUUUCAUGUUAAAUUCAAAUGUAAUUGUUGCUGCAGAUAUGUAAUUUAAAUUAAUGUAUGGUAUAUGUCC